AGCUCAGCAUGGACAUUUUGCUUCGCUGGUGAGCGCGCACGUCACAACCUCAGCACCUCUCAGCCCGGUACUGGAGAGCAAAGCAAACGGAACCUUUUGGAUAAGAUCACAAGAUUUAGACAUCUGAAAACCAUGGGAAACCAAUCACCGUUAACAAAGUGUUGAUUGACACAAAUCUGGCUCUUUACCUAACUUCCGUAGAAGGAACACUACAUCCCCCAGCUUUCAUCAGUUUUUCUUUUUCAUACUGCAGCCAUGUAUGGAAGCUCUCGCUCAGUCGGGAAGGUGGAGUCCAGCAGCCAGAGUCCUGGGCGCUCCCCGCGCCUGCCCCGUUCUCCACGUUUAGGCCAUCGCCGCACUAGUAGCACAGGUGGAAGUUCUGGAGGAGCCCCAGGAGGAGGUAGUGGUAAAACACUCUCAAUGGAGAACAUACAGUCACUAAAUGCUGCCUAUGCUACUGCUAGCCCCAUGUACCUAAGUGACCAUGAAAUUGUUGGAAGUGACACCCCAAAGAGCACCAUGACUUUAGGUCGGUCAGGGGGUAGGCUGCCAUAUGGGGUCAGAAUGACUGCUAUGGGAAGUAGCCCUAACAUUGCCACUAGUGGUGUAGCUAGUGACACUAUUGCAUUUGGAGAUCACCAUCUUCCACCAGUAAGCAUGGCAUCCACUGUACCCCACUCAUUGCGCCAGGCCAGGGACAACACUAUCAUGGACUUGCAGUCCCAGCUGAAAGAAGUAUUACGUGAGAAUGAUUUGUUACGUAAAGAUGUUGAGGUGAAGGAGAGUAAGCUGAGUUCAUCAAUGAAUAGUAUCAAGACAUUCUGGAGCCCUGAAUUAAAGAAAGAGAGAGCUCUGCGGAAGGAUGAGGUCUCAAAGAUCUCUGUGUGGAAGGAGCAAUAUAGAGUAGUCCAAGAUGAGAAUCAGCACCUACAAAUGACGAUCCAAGCUCUCCAGGAUGAGCUUAGGAUUCAAAGGGAUCUAAAUCAGCUGUUUCAGCAAGAUGUGGGCCGUCCAAAGGAAUCCUUUACAGGGGAACUAACCGAGGACAACUUCCACCAUUUGCGUACAGAACGUGACCGCCAAGCCAAGGAGCUUUUCCUACUGCGCAAGACACUUGAGGAGAUGGAACUGCGUAUUGAUACACAGAAACAGACUUUGAAUGCCCGAGAUGAGUCCAUCAAAAAGCUGCUGGAAAUGCUACAAAGUAAGGGAAUCUCUUCCAAAAUCAUGGAGGAGGACCAUGAGAGGACACGUAGGCUGGCAGAAGCUGAGAUGCACGUGCACCACCUGGAGAGCCUACUAGACCAGAAAGAGAAAGAAAAUAGUAUUAUUCGAGAGGAGAUGCAUCGCCGCUUGGAAAAUGUUCCCGAUUCUGCCAAAACCAAGGCCCUGCAAACAGUUAUAGAAAUGAAGGACUCGAAGAUCACCUCCAUGGAACGAGGCUUACGUGACAUGGAAGACGAGAUCCAGAUGCUGAAAUCGAAUGGGGCAUUGAGUACAGAGGAGCGAGAGGAAGAGAUGAAGCAGAUGGAAGUUUACCGCAGCCACUCCAAGUUUAUGAAAAACAAGGUAGAGCAACUGAGAGAGGAGCUGAGCGCUAAAGAGAGUCAGAAUGAGGACCUGAGGAAGAAAGCGUCAGCUCUUCAGACUGAGCUGUCUGGCAUAGGACAAGUGAAGCAAGAACUCUCCCGUAAAGAUACUGAGCUACUGGCCUUGCAAACCAAGCUGGAGACAUUGACAAACCAGUUCUCUGACAGCAAACAGCACGUGGAGGUCCUGAAGGAAUCUCUCACCGCCAAAGAACAGCGAGCGGCCAUCUUACAAACUGAGGUGGAUGCUCUCCGUUUACGUCUUGAGGAAAAAGAAACCAUGCUGAAUAAGAAGACAAAGCAAAUUCAGGAAAUGUCUGAAGAGAAAGGAACCUUGUCUGGGGAGAUCCAUGACCUUAAGGACAUGCUGGACGUUAAGGAGAGAAAAGUAAAUGUUCUGCAGAAAAAGAUUGAAAAUCUUCAGGAGCAGCUGCGGGAUAAGGAAAAGCAGCUAAGCAGCCUAAAGGAGCGUGUGAAAUCCCUACAGGCCGAUACUUCCAACACAGACACUGCUCUGACCACGCUAGAGGAAGCCCUUGCUGAGAAGGAGAGAAUCAUUGAGCGCCUAAAAGAGCAGAGGGACAGAGAUGAGAGAGAAAAACUGGAAGAAGUAGAAUCCCUCAAAAAGGAAUUGAAGGACUUAAAGGAAAAAGUCAGCACAUUACAAGGAGACCUGUCUGAAAAAGAGUCCUCACUACUGGAUCUUAAGGAACAUGCCUCAACCCUAGCUUCAUCGGGCCUGAAGAAGGACUCCCGACUUAAAACGUUGGAGAUUGCAUUAGAACAAAGAAAGGAAGAGUGUCUGAAGCUGGAGAGUCAGCUAAGGAAGCAAACUGAUGGCUUACCACACACUGGCAAAGCAGCCCAUGAGUCUGUUCAGGAGGCCAAAUCUAACUCCGACAUAAAUGAACGUGUACAGCAGCUGGAGAAGGAAGUUUCCAGGUUCCGGGAAGAUGCAACUAAAUCCCAAGCAGAGGUAGAUCGUUUGCUGGAGAUUCUGAAAGAGAUGGAGAAUGAGAAGAAUGAAAAAGAUAGCAAGAUAGCAGAGCUGGAGAGACAAAACAAAGAUCAGAGCAAAAAGGUGGCAACUCUAAAGCACAAAGAACAGGUGGAGAAGAAAAAGAAUGCACAGCUCUUGGAUGAGGCCAGGCGGAGAGAGGACAACCUGACAGAUAACUCCCAGCAGCUGCAGGAUGUUAUGCGCCAAAAGGAGGAGCGAAUCGAAGAGCUGGAGGAGGCACUGCGUGAGAGUGUACAAAUCACUGCAGAACGAGAGAUGGUACUGGCACAGGAGGAAUCAGCAAGGAUCAAUUAUGAGAAACAGGUUGAGGAGCUGAUGAUGGCAAUGGAAAAAGUCAAACAAGAGCUAGAAUCCAUGAAGGCAAAGCUGUCUUCCACGCAACAUUCUCUUGCAGAGAAGGAAGUGCAUCUCACUAGCCUGCGAGCAGAGAGGCGCAAGCACUUGGAGGAAGUUCUCGACAUGAAGCAGGAAGCUCUUCUAGCUGCCAUCAGUGAAAAAGAUGCCAAUAUUGCUCUGCUAGAGCUUUCCUCUUCUAAGAAGAAGAAAACCCAAGAUGAAGUGGCGUCUCUGAAAAGAGAGAAAGACCGCCUGGUACAGCAGCUAAAGCAACAGACACAGAACAGGAUGAAGUUGAUGGCCGAUAAUUACGAGGGAGACCACAUGAAAUCCUCAGCCCAGUCCAACCAAACCAAUCACAAACCCUCCCCAGAUCAGAUGAUCCAACCCCUCAUAGAACUUGACCAGAAUCGCAGCAAACUCAAAAUGUACAUUGGGCACCUGACUGCUCUGUGCCAGGACAGAGACCCUCAGAUACUUCAUGCACUCCACCCGCCUGCCUCCUACUAUCUGGAUGAUAACCGGGCAGCUUGGGAGCAGAGGCUGCAGAAGAUGACACCAGAACAGCUCAGUGAAGAGCUUGAGAAAUGCGAGCGUGAGAGUGCAGACCUGCAGGAGUUUGCCAACACCGUCCUACAGCAGAUCGCAGAUCACUGCCCUGAUAUCCUUGAGCAAGUAGUCAACGCCUUGGAGGAAUCAUCUUGACCUUUCCCAGAACAAGAGAGAGGACACACCCACAGCCCUCUAAAUAUACAGUGUUAGCUGACAACCUUCCCCUCCACCCGCAGGCUCUGCCUGGGGAAGGGACCCGCACAUUCAGCCUUGCACUGCCUGUCGGCUCACUGCUCUUUAUGACUGUUUCUGAACAUCAUGGGGGAUAAUGGCUUCUUUUUUACAUCUAUAUGGGCUGUAGUUUGGUUCCUCAGGACUGCAUUAUAAUUUUUUGUUUUGGGCGGAGACAGCUGCUAGGGCCCUGAGUUUAUGAAUUAAGAGGGGCCUUUUCAGCUUAUCAGUGACUGUCAACAAAAAUGCAAUAAGGGAGUGCCUGGCCCCUCUUAUUGGGGUAAAAAGGCAGAUUUGCUAGGGAUGGAGUAGGGUGGAGUAGGGCAGUUGCACCAAGCUGUCCACUAAAACCGUUACUGAGUUUCCUUUAAUCAAAAGAGAUGACAAUACAGAGCCAAGCUCAGAGGCUUUUCUGACCAAUGUUACACAUUCUAUACACUACAGCGGGGGGGGGGGGGGUCACUCACUCUCAACAUUUCAUUCCUCUACCAAUGUCUGACUAGUUACGUCUUGAUCAGGUAUCCUUUCAGUAUGCAAGAGAUUACCUGCAAUUACAUUUAAAUAGUGUCCUAUGUUUCAAUUCAUGCAGCUAGGAAUCUGAAUGAAUAUCUGAUUUAAAUAUAGAUUCAUUCCACAUUUUCUCCAGAGGCCUUUCUUUUAUUGUCAUAUUGACUAUAUCUUGUUCCCAGCCAUAAACGUGCUCGGUUCUGCAUCCAACACUACAAACUGGACUGAUAGAGUAGCUUGCUUGGCUCCUCCUCUUCUCUUCACCACACCCAGGUAGAUCUCACCAGCAUCACCAUAUUUAUUUCCCCCACAGUAAUCUUUCCUGCCUUAUUUUGCCAGAUUGAACCUGGUUUAUGUGGAGGGUUUAAGCAUUCUAGGUCAGCCUUUUAACACUUUCACUGCCAAAUUAAUGUGCUUUAUUGGAAGAUGAGGUUCUCAGUCAUUGCUUAGAAACUACAAUUUACAGAAAUACAUUAUUAAUAUGAGCAAGUUGAACUGAAGCUGUCCAGUAAUUCUGUAAGGGAAUUUCCUAUUGCUGUAUGUGUCCUCUGUAAAGUCUUUCACCAGGUUUGGAAUCAUUAAUGCCUCCAUGCAGACUACAUGGUAUCGGUGCAUCCUCCAGGCUUUUAGAAUUGAAAUGGUGAAAUGUAAAUAAUCAGCCUUGCAAUGGGGAGAUACUUUAUUUUCUUUAUCCAUCUUUGUGUGGGGUCACAAACUCCUGUGCACACUGGUGCUAACCUACAUAAGAGGAAAACUCAGUGCAAAGCUUAGAAUUUAAAUAAAAAAACACUAAGUUAUUUUGACUCACAGACAUUACUGUUACAUCAGUUCCUUUUUAAUUAAUUAACCAUAUGACCCAAGGGGUAAGUCAUGCCAGGGCUGCAGCUCAGUGCAACUACAUGAAUGGGGGGGGUAAGUUAUUAGUAUUUUUAAAGUAGUAAUCUAUUUUAAUUCUCAAGACAGUGUAGAAGGCUAGUCCUUACAUUAACAGCGAAUUACAUCAUUUUAUUUAUAUCCAUUAAAAAAAGCUGUUUUAUUUGUUUUGUUCUUUUAACAAAUUUGGCAUGAAAAAAAUGAUCUUUACCAAACUAAUUUGUGUUAUAUUGCCACACAAGCACGGCCUUGCAACAUCAUUCUACCUAGCUGCAGUCUCACUGUGAGGACUCGACUGUUCCCAUAAAGCAAUACACAGUGUACAGCUGCUUACUGAUUGGCUAGACAAAGUGAUACAGAUUCUGAAAAUUCUAGGACCUCCUGUGAAAUUCUGAUAUGAGUGCGGCUACUUAUGGGCUGCACCUAACAGAGGUAUGAGUUAUAUGCAGAGAGCGGUUACUCCAGAUUACCUGCUAAACACAAUAAUGCAAUCAUAUGGCUGAUAUACUCUGUUAUUGCCUAUACUGACACUGUUAACACCCGCACAUCUGAGUUCCAUGGAAGGUUUUAGGAUUUUCCAAAGACUUAAUUGCUCAGGGAUUAAAUUUAUAUGCACACAGACACUCACGUUUGAUUUUUUCUUUUCAGGAUUAUCCUUUUUCAUGCUCAAGGAAAUCAUUUUAUAAUGUUAAACAUGAUGAAUUAAAUACACCAUAGAAACAAGGUGUUUAACUGUUCAUUUAAUUCAUUUUUAUUUUCCCUUUCAAUUGAUCAACAUGUAUUCGGACAAGAAGAUUGUUAAAUAUGGCCUAUCACCAGUUAAGUUGGAUUUGUUAACGUUUCUCAUCAAUAUUUAAAGGGACUAGAUGGGCUCUAGCACUGGCAUUGACACAUACAUACUAGCAUAGUCUUUUUUCAUAGUAAGGGGGUAGCCCUAUACAAUUUGCUCUGAAGUACUGAUUGCAAGUUAUCCUGUCCUUAUAAGGUGUAUUUUCUUUUGUACAUUCCAAUUUUAGAAAUAGAAAGCGAACAUUAAUAGCUAGUUUCCCCAUUACUAUGUUGCUCUUUUAGUGUAUUUUAUCUGACUUAGUUAUUCCCUGCUCUGUGUUAAUAUUUCAGAAAUUGCCAUAAAACUAGCAUAUUUGCAUAUCAGAUAUACAGUUGACUUGAACGAUUCCACAAGGAAAACGUUUGCAAUUGGAUUAUUUCUUCAGUCUAGGCAAGGGAUAUUCAUGUAUCCUAGAAUUAUUUUUUUUAUGUCUCUCCUGACUUUACAGUAGUAGGAAGACUCUGAGGCACUCCCCACACCCACUUUAGCACAUCCAGUCAAAAAUAUUCAGCACUUUUCAGAAGAAUUGGAGGGAUUUAUUCAGAACAAGCAAGAACGGAACUUCAUAUAGUCCAGACUUUACCAGAGAAAUAGAAGUAAAUAUUCUACAGCGUUGAUCCCCUUGUAAUUUAGGGUCCUAACCUCUAUGGGGUAUUUUUUGUUGUUGUUUCUCUCACAUCCCCUCUUCCUCAAUAUAUUAUCAAUUUUAUAAAGAAAGGGCAAAGGGGGAAUCUCUUUUUAUUAAAAGAAACAUCCGUUUGAGGAACUUGGCCUGGUGUUAAAGAAAAUAUUUUUAAAUAUAACUGUUAAGAAUACACUACAAUAGAAAUCUUACUGAGCAAAAUGGCUGCAGCUGCUAAACUUUUUUGGAGGAAAAAUUAAAAAUGGAUGAACUUUUUUGUGUCAAAAAAUGAAUGAACAGAAAACCUCCGUUCCCGGCAUUUUGAGGAGUAACGUGUAUUUCCUGAAUUUUCAGGAUUCUUAUUUUGUAUUUUGUUUGUUAUUUUUAUUAAUCUUUUUUUUUCUCCUUCUUGUGAUUCUUCCUGCGCCGGGCCCUUAAUGAACCAUUUGUGUAAAUGUCUGUCUGUAAAUUCCUCUGUUGCCAGAAGAUUCUGUAAUGCCCGUCUCCUAACGUCAUUAUGGAUACCCUGGCAGAAAAGAUUAAGAAAACUACAGAAGUAGAAUUAUGUGUGUACUGUAUGCUCACACUCACUUGUAUGUUUAUAAAUUUGGGAUGUGUGCAUAUGUUUUAACAUUUGGAUAAAUUGCCAUAUUGACAUUUUUUUUUCUUAUUGUCCAAGUUCCAACCAAGAAAAAGCAGUAUAUCAUAUUUUAUAUCCAGUUAUUUCUACAUGCUCCAUGGUGCAAUUAUAUUUUCCUUAAAGGGACAUGAAACCCAAUUUUUUUUCUUUUAUGAUCAAGAUAGAGAAUACUAUUUAUAAAAAGGUUCCCAUAUACUUUUAUUAUCGAAUUUGCUUCGUUCUCUUGUUAUUCUUUGUUGAAGCGAUAUUUAGAUAGGUAGCGUGUACAUGUUUGGAGAAUUAUAUAACAGGAAAUAGUGCUGCUAUCUUGUGUUCUUGCUAAUGUAUAAAAAUAGUUGCAAAACUGCUGCCAUAUACUGCUGCAGACUCGUGCACACUUCCUACUGUUCAACGAAGGAUAAAAAGAAAACAAAGGCAUUUUGAUAAUAGAAGUAUAAAUGGAAAGUUGUUUAAAACUGUAUGUUCUAUGCGAAUCAUGAAAUAAACAUAUUUGGUUUUAUGUCCCUUUAAAAAUCUUUGAGGGGUAGGAGUUAAUUCAUUUGAAUGAUAAACCCUUUCCCUUUUUUUUUUAGAACUGCCCUCAAGGAACACAAAGCAAACCGUGGCAACCAGAAUGCUUUAAACAUAAGUUUACAAAAGAGGCAAUACUGUAAGGUUUAGCUCAAAUUAAAAUAAGAAGUAAUUAAGAUUUCAUUUAAAUAAUUUGGUAGUGCUGUACAUUUAUUAAUAUUUUUGAAAAUGUUAUACUAUGAUCCAUAUAAUAUAAAACAGUAUAUUGUAAGAUGUUUUUAUUUAGUAGAUCACGUCAUUUUAAUGGUGUACGUCUGUCCUCUAUUCUUUUACUUACUGCACCGGUGCUGAUUUUGGAGUUAUUACCUCUUGAAUUAAAAAAAAAAAACAUUUCUCAGUUCUCUAUUUCAUAGGAAGCCACGGAGUGAAUAUUGUGAGAUAAAUUACUAACAUUUGUACUUUUUUUCCCCACUUUUUCUUUCUUUUUUUUAAUUUGAGCUAAGCAUUGCAAUUGAUCGCAGUGUUCCACUAAUGUGGUGAAGCAGCCUAGGGUUUGUGUGGUGACUGCAAACAAUUCACUGACCUUUUUAGAGGUUUAGAAUCCUAUAUGUCCCGUUCCAGCGAUACCACCACCUGUCUUAUGCCUUAUAGUCAUUUUCUUAAAGUGACAGGAUAAUGGGUAAACCCCUCCCCUAAAUAAUGCAGAAUGUUCAGGUCUAUAAAAUGGUCAGUUGAUCUGAUUAUAACUACUGUAAACAACCAGCCAAUAUCUAUAAUUCAUUUCAGCACUGGGCUGAAUGAAACACUACAUAUUCAGUUUACUACGCACCAGUAUGACAUGCUUACUAGUUCAGCUGUGGAUAUAAAAGGCAGGGCUGCGGCAAAUAAUCCUAAAAAGGAAGUACAGCUACCCCGGUUAUCAGAAUAUAAUGAAAGGCAAACUAUUUAAAGGGACAAUUUACGUGAAAAUUGUUAUUGUUUAAAAAGAUAGAUAAUCCCUUUAUUACUCAUUCCCGAGUUUUGCAUAACCAGCACUGUUAUAUUAAUUUACUACCUGUAUCUAAGCACAUGCAGACUGCCCCUUAUCUCAGUGUUUCUUUUUUUUCCCUCUUUUUUUAAAUUUUUUUUUUUUUUUUUUUAAGCUUUUUGCAAUCUUGCAUUUUAGUCAGUUUAGUGCUGGUUCUUGUGAACCCAUUUUUAUUCUCCACUGGAGUAAGCACAUUGUUAUCUAUAUGGCACACAUGAACUAGCACAGUCUGGCUGUAAUUCAAGAGUGUUAAAAGUUUAAAAUAUAUAUAUAUAUUUUUUUUAAAGUGCUUAUAUGGGGUGGCCUGCAGGGGUUUAGAAACAGACAAUCUUAGAGGUUAUAACGUAGAUUAAAGGACCACUAAAGUCCAAAUUAAACUUUUGGUAUUCAGAUAGAGCACACAAUUUAACAACUUUCCAAUUCACAUCCAUUAUCUAAAUAUGCACAAUUAUCUUAUAUGCACAUUUUCUGAGGCACCAGCUCCUACUGAGCAUGUGCAAGAUUCAUAAACUAUACAUAUAUUGAUUGGCUGAUAGCUGUCACAUGAUGCAGUGGAAAGGAAAAUCAAACUAACUGAUUUUAAAUUCAAGCAAAGUGCUUUUGCAUUGUUCAUUUAUUAUGCAUUUAUUUAAUAUACUGUUCUGUUGUGUUUAGUGGUCCUUUAAUAUAAAAAUGUUGGCUAUGCAAAGCUGGGGAAUGGACAGUAAAGGCAUUAUAUAUCUUUUUUUAAACAAUAAAAAAUCAAGUAGACUGUCCUGUUAAUAGGAUCCCAUUGAAUUGUUCUAAAUCACUUAUUAGUUUUCUUUAACAUUUGAAAACAAGACUGACAAACCGUAAUAAAACAAAUAAUCACUAUAUAGUUUACAAAUAUUGAUCCUUCCACAGAAGUAGUUAUACUACAGGGGCCAGAGAGAUUUGAUAAACAAAUGGGUUUAUUCUGUUAGAUGUAAUUCUCUUGGUAGACAAUGACGUUUGCUCUAGUAUUUAGGUCUUUUCCUUACAAAACAUCUACCUUCCUGGAGCGGUUUGCCAGAUGAGCGCUGUUACAAUAGAAUGUGAAAUACUGCUUUGAUUUUUCCAGAAGGGAGAAAACGUUCACAGAAGUGGGACGUUGAGAUGGCAAUUGAAUGUAUGAAUUGGCUAUGUUGUUAGUCGAGGGGGGAGUAUUUAGUAUUGAGUGGUUAAAGGAGAGUUGUCAUUCCCCACCUAAUUCAAGGUGCAAUAGUUUUGCUGCUGGACUUCUCACUGCUCCUCACGUCUGUCUGACUCCUGAGGAGCUCACAUUGCAUAUUGUUUAUAUAUUGCUUUGUGUUUCAGAACCCUGUGGCCAUUAAUGGGGUUAUAUGAUGUGUUACCUCACUAUACCCCCUCCAUAUUACAGUGGCCUGUUUUGUGCCUUUUAAACAUUGUAAAAACAUUUGAACUGCUUCUUUGCCAGAUUGGUUUUUGGGGUUUUGCACUGCAUGGUAUAGGUACGAUGCUCAUUGAUGCAUAACAUGCCCUAUGUCUGGCAGUGAAGAGGUUAUCUGUGUUAAAUACCUAGUCUGUAUGUACUUUUUUUUUCUUUCCUGAUACAGGAUGCCAAAAAAUAAAAGAAAAAUUAAAAAGUA